AUGACAACGGCCGGCUUUUCACCACCAUCGCCAGCCAAAGCCUCUCUGAUCACUGUCACUCUCGCACUCAUCGAGUCGGUGGGCCCGAUUGCGGACACCGGGAUGCGCGUCCCUCUCGAGAAGCGUGGCUCGCUGACCAAGUCCGACGGCUCCGUCGACAAGGACGCCCUCAAGAGAGAGACUGCUAGAGUCCACAACAAGCACCGCCCCAACCUCAUGACUAUCGACCAGAACAUCGGCAUCGAGAACUUCUCGAGAACUUCCACGCAGAAUUCAGCCAUGCGGACCGGCACGAUUUCCAUCGGCACGCCAGGACAGCAGUUCAACAUCGACUUCGACAGGGGCUCGUCCGAGCUGUGGGUGUGGUCCGCGCAGUGCGGCGGGUGUGGAUUCGCCGAUAUGUACGAUCCGUCUGCGUCCUUUAUGAGUGAGCAGGAGCAGGGCACGUUUGAGAUUGGGUACGAGGAGGGAUCCGGGGCGUCCGGGCCUAUCUAUUCUGACUCCGUAAGCAUUGCUGGCGUCUCCGUCAGUGGGCAGGAGCUCUCAGCGGUAGACAAUGUCAACGGACAGAUCGAUGCUAGCCAGCAAGAUGGCUUGCUCGGGGUGGGCUGGCCUGCCCUCUCCACCAUGCAUACGAACCCAUACUUUUGGACCGUUGUCUCGCAGGACGCCGGCCCCGAGGGCGUCUUCGCCUUCUACCUCACCUCCUCGGGAUCGGAGCUUUACCUCGGCGGAACCGACUCUUCACUCUACUCUGGCGAGCUCGACUACCGUCCGCUCGUCUCUUCCGGAGGCUUCUGGCAGAUCGGCCGCGCGAGCGCUCUGGUAGACGGGCAGACGGUGGUCGAUAGUUUCGAGACGAUCAUCGAUUCGGGCACGACGCUCAUGUACGGCCCGCUGGAUGUGAUAGACGAUGCUAACUACGCCGUCUCGUGUGACUCCAUCCCCACGGUUGCGCUCAGAUGGGGCGAGAACGCGUUCCAAAUCUCCGCUGAUGCGUACGUUCAACCUCGGCGAGAUCGGCGACGGUAUUGCCAGACUGCCCUCGGUGGCGAUGACUUUGGCUUUGGUGACAACGUCUGGCUCAUCGGCGAUACGUUCAUGCGCAGCGUGUACACCGCAUUCUCGGUUGAUGACGGUGCCGUGGGUUUUGCCAAUCUUGCUUAGAUCUGUCACAUUGACUCGUCGAGAACUCGUUGAGAAUUCCGUGUGUGGUCACUCAUCGAUUCCUAUCACUCUUCUUUCCCUGUUGUUGUCUUGGCAAUCUGUUUGAGAAAUUCUACAUCUUUCGUUGGCCGUG